GUGAGCGGGAGGCGGGGCCGGGGGAGCUGCUAGCUCCCCCUGGCCCCAGGCCCAGCAGCUCGAGGGGGAGGAGUUACCGCCGCUCUUCCGCAUCAGAAAUCACCAUGAUGGCCGUGACCUAAAACCCUCAGGAAUUCCCGGGGUCAUGGCCCAGAAGCACCCCGGAGAAAGAGGGUUGUGUGGAGCCCACCACGGUGGGGGUGCCUCUCUCAGGACUUUAGGACCCUCUGUGGACCCCGAAAUACUUUCAUUCUCAGGACUCAGGGACUCAGCGAGGCCUGCUCCUAAUGGUACCCGCUGCUUCACAGAACACUCUAGUCCUAAGUACACACAGCCCCCAAGCCCAGCUCACUGGUCGGAUCCAAGCCAUGGCCCCCCGAGGGGUCCAGGACCCCCUAAGGAGGGAGAGAACCCUGAUCAGAGUGAGGCGUUCUCAGAAGAAUCAGGAGUGGAGCAGGAACUCCCAGGAGAGAAUGGGGCUGGGCACCAGGAGGAUGGGAAGCCUUUUAUUUCCACUCCGUCUGCCUGCGACUGCCAGGGGACCGCUGGCAUCUCUGAAGGACCUUACUCUGAGGGAAGAGAGAGCUCUUCUAGCAACCUUUGCCACCAUUGUACCUCUCCAGCCCUGGGGGAAGAUGAAGAGCUGGAGGAGGAAUACGAUGAGGAGGAACCUCUUAAAUUCCCCAGUGAUUUUUCACGCAUGCCCAGUGGGAAAAAACUACCACCCCGGAGGCAGAGGCACCGCUUUGCAGCCAAGGAGGAUGCUCGGGAGGGCGGCCGCAGAGAUCCCAGGUCCCCUGGUCGCCACCGGCUGGGCCGGAAACGCGGUCAGGCAGAUAAACGCAGAGGCCCGGGAUUGUGGGGAGCCGAAGAACUGUGUCAGCUUGGACAGUCAGGCUUCUGGUGGCUGAUUGAACUGCUGGUAUUGGUGGGAGAGUAUGUGGAAACUUGUGGCCAUCUCAUCUAUGCAUGCAGGCAGCUGAAGGGCAGUGAUCUGGACCUCUUUCGAGUCUGGAUGGGAGUCUGGGCAGGGCGACUUGGGAGCUGGGCCCAGGUGGUAUUCCAGAUUUUGAGCCAGGGAUUUUGCUGUGGGGCAGGGCUUUUCACUCGUUUUCUUAGGCUCUUGGGUGCUUUGCUGCUUCUGGCUCUGGCCCUCUUGUUGGGCUGUUUACAGUUGGCCUGGAGGUUUCUCGUGGGACUGGGAGACCGGUUAGGCUGGAGGAGUAAGGCCACUUGGCUCUUCUCUUGGCUGGAUUCUCCCACCUUGCAGCGUUGUCUGGUUCUGCUGAGAGAUAGCAGGCCAUGGCAGCAGCUAGUAAGAAUAGUCCAGUGGGGUUGGCUGGAGUUGCCUGGGGUCAAGCAGAGGACUGUUCGGCAAGAGAAUGCACCUGUAGCUGGUGGUCGCUACUGUCAGCCUGAGGAGGAAGUGGCUCGACUCUUGACCAUGGCUGGGGUGCCUGAGGAUGAGUUAAACCCUUUCCAGGUGUUGGGGGUUGAUUCUACAGCAUCCGAUGUUGAGCUGAAGAAGGCCUAUAGGCAGCUGGCCGUGAUGGUUCAUCCUGACAAAAACCAUCACCCCCGGGCUGAGGAGGCCUUCAAGGUUUUGCGGGCCGCUUGGGACAUUGUCAGUAACCCUGAAAGGCGGAAGGAAUAUGAGAUGAAACGAAUGGCAGAGAAUGAACUGAGCCGGUCUGUGAAUGAGUUUCUGUCCAAGUUGCAGGAUGACCUCAAAGAAGCAAUGAAUACCAUGAUGUGCAGCCGGUGCCAGGGGAAGCACAGGAGGUUUGAAAUGGACCGGGAACCUAAAAGUGCCAGAUACUGUGCUGAGUGCAAUAGGCUGCAUCCUGCAGAGGAAGGAGACUUUUGGGCAGAGUCAAGCAUGUUGGGCCUCAAGAUCACCUACUUUGCACUGAUGGAUGGAAAGGUGUAUGACAUCACAGAGUGGGCUGGAUGCCAACGUGUGGGAAUCUCCCCAGAUACCCACAGAGUCCCCUAUCACAUCUCCUUUGGUUCUCGGAUCCCAGGCGCCAGUAGGCGGCAGAGAGCCACCCCAGAUGCCCCUCCUGCUGACCUUCAGGAUUUUUUGAGCAGAAUCUUUCAAGUACCCCCAGGCCAGAUGUCCAAUGGGAACUUCUUUGCAGCUCCUCAGCCUGGCCCUGGGGCCACUGCAGCCUCCAAGCCCAACAGUACAGUUCCCAAGGGAGAAGCCAAACCGAAGAGGCGGAAGAAAGUGAGGAGGCCCUUCCAACGUUGAUAACCCUUCUCUUCUUUCCUCAAAUCACUGUCAGGGAGUCAAAAGGGCUGUGUACAGCACAGGAUGGAGUUUGACUUGUUUAUUUUUAAAUAUUUAAAAAAGGGAAACUUAUAAACGCAAAUUAUUCAUUCAGUACUUACAGGAAGUCUGGAAACCACUCCCCUCUCCACUGCUACCCAGUAACUGAAUCUUGUCUUCUGAUAAUACCAAAGACGUAGGCUAUGGCUAGAGCAAAGGAGCUAGGGCCUGGACCUGGGCUGGACAGUGUCUCCCAGUGUGUGGGAGCUGUAUUUUCCCCUGGGGUCUAUAUGCCUCUGUCUUGUCUUUUGCUUCUAGAGAAGAUGACACUCCCGCCCCGCCCCCCCUAUAAAUUACAAGUCUAUCUUAUUUCUUGAUCCAUUCCAGGAGGGUACCUCUUCCUUUACCCCGGUAUACUAGUCGAGAGAAGAAAGCAUGUAGCCCUAAUGAUUGGAGAUAUAUAGAGUUCAGAGAGUGGGGACUCUGAGUUUUUCCUCUGACUUUCACUUUGUGGGUAAUCACCCAACUUAUGCUUGUUGCUGCAGGGAUGGCCAAACUAAUAAUUUUUAAAAAGCCCUCUGCCCUUGGGUGAGGGGGAAGAUAAAGGGGUUCCAGGCAGCCCCCUUAUGAUCCAAGGGUUUGUAUUUUUUUAAGUUUGUUCAUAUUUGUAUGUACAUAUCUAUUUAACGCCAGGGGAUUAUCUUUCUAUAAAUACACAGCUGGCAAUCUGUACCUUCCCUCUCUUCUUUGCCCAUAUAGCUUAAGCCCUUUGUCUUAGUUGAGAAUCCUUCCCCUCCAAGUGUAGACUGCAAGUGAAGGGCACCCCUACUGACUGAGGGAGAGGGAGGGGUAAGACAU